GCCGUGUCCGCGUCCGUGGUCUUUGUGCUUAUUAAGGGUUCCGUCGCCACUAACGCCGCCGCCGCCGCCGACGCCACCUCCGACACACACUGCGACGCCGUUGUAGUCGGUUGACGAUUUUUAUUGUUUUAUCAGUCGUCUGCUCGUCCAUGUAAUUUAUUAUAAACGUCUCACGAACGCGAUCGCAAGUUUUAUAGUAUCGUAACCGCAGCCAUUACUAUUUUUUUUUUUUUUUGAUCAUUAUUCGUAUCUUUUUGUAUGAUAUUUAGUGUUUAUUUUUCGAGACUGUUUACGCGUCCGUCUAUAUAAUAAUAUUGUUACCGGUACGUCGUUACGAAUUAAUUCUACUUAGUAAGUUUUUGAUACUCGCUAAACGAGUCAUGUCUGACGACGAUCAGUGCUGUUCGUGAUUAUUGCACGCGAAUUUCCGUCGUCCACGCGCACUCGGAAGUCGCGUACUUCACGAUCAAUCGUGUCUUGUCCGGAGGAAGUAUCCCGAACGUCGCAGAAGCCGCCGUACAGAAGUUACGUCACCACGAUCAUGACCAGAAGGAAGCAACACUGCCCCAAAAGAAUGAAAUGGGAAGGUGGUGAAGGCGAAGAGCCACCAGCGGGCUACCAAGAAGACGACGGCGGCUGCCCAGAAGACGACGAAGACGAAGAGGAAGAAGAAGAGGAAGGCGUGUCCGGCGGAUCGUCCGGCUCACCGCCGAGGUCUCCGAUACCGUCGAGCACGGACGUCGAACAAGACGUCGCAGUGGCUAACGAGCGUUUGCCUCUGAGAGAAACAAAUAGUCCAUCUAAAAUGAGUAGAGAUUCACCGAAGAGUGAAUCGAGUCUUCCGCCUUACGAAGUACCAUUGUUGGCAACCGUGUCUCCGGGACGUUCACCACCUUCGUCGGACGUGCUAGAUUUCAGUACGAAAAGGCCAGCUAGCCCACCGGCGGCUUCUUCUCAGCCUGCAGCCAUGAACCUUAGUAACAGCAAUGACGACUCGCCGAUCGACCUGACUAUUAGGAGCAAAAAAAUAAAACUCGACCCGUCGCCAGUGUCGCCGUCCACAGAUGCGUACAACCGGAUGAGCAGGCCUUGGGCACAAUACACUACCCCGGUGAUUAGGCCCAUAUCCCGAGGCGAGAUGAUGACUUCACCGAGCGAUCCGGUUCACAUGUGGAACGGUAAGCACGGAAAACUUACGUAUGGAUCGUUCCCGUCAGCUGCGAGUGAUGCGACUAAGGCGCUGGAAAAAAUGUGCGAACUGAGUAAGCUUCAAGACGAACCGAGGUCGGUACUGGCACCCAGCUCAGGGCGUCACAGUGCAUGGCAGUCACACUGGUUGAAUAAAGGAGCUGACCAAACCAAAGACGUUCUCAAGUGCGUCUGGUGUAAGAUGAGUUUCCCCACGUUGCAGGCUAUGUCAACGCACAUGGCUGAGACUAAACACGGAACAGCCGCUGCUCAAAGCCUCCAGCCGCCCCCACCACCACCACCACCACCUGUGUCUACGUCUUCUAGUCACAAAAACGAUCUCAACAUGUUGAUCAAGGAGACAAUGCCGUUGCCCAGAAAGUUGGUGCGCGGUCAGGACGUUUGGCUUGGAAAAGGCGCAGAACAGACUCGACAGAUACUCAAGUGCAUGUGGUGUGGCCAGAGCUUCAGGUCUCUGCAAGAGAUGACUACGCACAUGCAGCAGACGCAACACUACACCAACAUAAUUUCACAGGAGCAAAUCAUAUCGUGGAAGUCUGCGGACGAAAACAAGUCAUCGAGCGGUGGUAGCAACGUGAGCGCUGCGUCUACCAGUUCGCCGGCUAGUUCGGUAAACACGUCUGCUAAUCACGUGAGUGCCGUGCUUACGUGUAAGGUGUGCGAUCAGGCGUUCAAUUCACUCAAAGAGCUGAGCGUGCACAUGGUGAAGAAUGCACAUUAUAAGGAGCACAUGAUGCGAUCAAUCACGGAAGGUAGCAACAGGCGCCGGCAGACACGGGAGAAACGGAAGAAAUCGCUGCCAGUGCGUAAGCUAUUAGAGCUUGAACGGGCUCAACAUGAUGUGAAGAAUGGCGACGGAGGAUAUCCAACAGCUGGUAGUGGAUUCAAGGCAGUUAACGACACCAAUCACCGUUUAGGUAGGAUAAUUUGUGAAAAGUGUGGUGAAAAAGUGGAUGUGGCCAGUUUCAUGGAACACUUACGGGUGUGUGUUACGAUGACUGCCGACCAGAAGAACCUGCUGAAGACCGCAUUGAUGUCGCAGAAUUCAGCGACAGAACCAAGUCGAGAGAAGAGACCUAAGAAAGAGCAAGACAGAUCUCAAGCAGCGGCUGACCUGUCGAUGAAUAAACCGACCGUAGCCGCAGCCACCACCGGUUCGUCGUCGCCGUCCGUGCUCAAUGCCAUCGAGAAGUUGAUCGAAAAGAGCUUCGACUCACGGCUCCGUUAUGGUACGUCAGCUACAGGCGCUUCGAUCGGCGAAAGCAUACUUAAACGUUUGGGCAUUGACGAGAGCGUGGAUGCCACCAAGCCUAUAAUGGACGUACAAGCAAUGAGCUUGUUGCGAAGCUAUCAGUCACUGGGUCGGCACGAGCGAAGUGGCAGCGAGUCAAGUUCCAUGUCACCUGAGUUGGCAGCCAUGCGGAGUGAUUCGACCACUCCAGACCGAAAGUACGAAUCAUCUGACUAUCAGCGCAUGCGGUCGGUAACGCCUAAAUCAACGCCCGAACGGCACAGUUCGCCUAAGUCUACAUCGUCGUCGUCCGGUAAAGGAGGUCACGGUGGGCAGGAAAUCUCCGGUGGCGUAGAAGUCAAGACCGAGUCAUCCGGCGGGCCUGAUGAAGGGUGCGUUGCAGGAGACUUUGAAGUGAAGAAAGAGUAUGUAGAUGAAGAUGACGUGGUAGUGAAGAGUCCAGCCGAGCGGCGGGCUAGGAGUCGGGAGUCGGCCGAGGGUUCGGUGGUAGACGAAACGAAUGGAUCGAGCCGGGGCCCAACACCCACCAAUGUUAAGAGCCCAAUGAGUCCAGCUGGCAGCGACAAAUCCACAGAUAAUGGCAAGAAGACGCCAGUGACGUCCAGUAGUCUGGGUGCUCUGUCAUCGAUGUUUGAAAGUCUAACUUCGGCGGUCAAUAGUGGAAGUGGCGGAUUGUCGUCUUCCGCAAACGGUGAAAGUAGUGGCGGAAAGAGUGGUGGAGGCACCAGCAGCCAUCCCUUAGCCGCACUCCAGAAGCUCUGUGACAAGACAGAGAACCACCACCACCCACACAAUCACCAUCACCACCACCGGCCCAGCAGCCGUUCGUCGUCCAACGCAUCUGCUACCAAUGGGGGACCCGCGCAAUCCAUGUCACCGCCCACAUCUAUCACGGGCAGCACCGCUCCUGGUGCGAUUUUGGCAUUUAGCUGGGCGUGCAACGACGCUGUAGUGACGGCCGACUCGAUCAUGAAGUGCGCUUUUUGCGACACGCCGUUCAUAUCUAAGGGCGCGUACCGGCACCACCUUUCCAAAGUGCAUUUCGUCAAGGAAGGCAUCACGCCAGAACCGAUCAUGUUAAAACCGGCCUCUUCGUCGUCGGCUACUGCUGCCGGGUCAUGCCACCAACAGUCUUCUUCAUCGUCUGCAGCCCAUUCGCCUUCACCUUCACCCUCGUCAUCUUCGCAACACAAAUCAUCUCCAAAUCACAACAAUAACAAUAGCAGUAGCAAUAACAACAACAACAACAACAACAAUGGGUCGCCGUCCACUUCUGCCAGUGCCAGCGUCAAGAGUCCGGAAGCCAAGAACGGUGGCGGUUACGACGAGAGUCCGCAUUCGAAAUUUCUCAAGUACACAGAGUUAGCCAAACAGCUGUCCAGUAAAUACGUCUAGUCAACGCGACAAUGCACACAACGCGCGUCUGUUAUAUUACAAGCACGGUGUGUACGAUGGUAACUUUAUCAUCGUAGUACCUAUUUUAUAAUAUUUUGUAUUAUACACAUAUUGUUGAUUUCACUAUAAUACAUAACCGAUGUUUGUCCGUUGGUUUUAAAUUGUUCAUGUGCGACAAUACCCCAUGUAUAUAAGACAUAGAUUUCGCAACGUUUAUGUAUGCAAACAGCGUACAUAAAAUACAAUUUUAUUAUACGUCUAAAAUUUUUAUUACGACUUACUACUGUUAUUACUAUUACUAUUAAUAAAAAUUAUAUAGGCCUUGCGUGGUGACAAAGAAAAAAAAUCAUAUUUUUUAAUAUCAUGUACUUAAUCUUCCAUGUAUGAUGUAUGCGAAUCGUGGCGUCAAACCCAUUAACUAAAAUACAAAUGUAUACGCGUUAGAAAAUUAACGAAACAAUUAAUUGUUUUUUAAUUUUUAUUUUGUUAAACAAUUUUUAAGAGAAAACUGAAUCGCGGAAAAUAAUAUUUAUCAUAUGUAUAAAUAACUAUGUUCAUUAUAUAUUAUUAUAAUACGAUACGCGAACGAAUGUACUUUAUAUCUUUACGCAUAAUAUAUUAUUAUUGUCCGCGUCGUUAGGCUAGCGACAUUUUAUUAAAUAUGAUAUAUAAAAAAUGUUAAAUUAUUUAGUACGAUAUUCGUAAUACGAUUACGUUUACGAUACGUUUCUGCUCAUACGCUAUUUAAGUGUUCUGUGUUAAAACGGAUGUAACUUUAAGGAUAAAACAUUUUAAAAGGCUGUCACGUCAACUAUGUAUAACGAUUAAUGCUUAAGUGUAGAGUUAAUUAUUUUAAUCGACGAUAGGUUAAGGAUAUUCAUUUUCCGGCUAGACGUUCCGUCUCGCGGAAACCAUUCCACUUUGAACUAAACAAUAUUUAUAUUAUAUAACAUUAAAAAACCUACAAAAAAAAAAAAAAAAACAAAUA